UUAAUAAAUUUGAAUGCUGCUGCACUGCCGAUUGGCCGCUACAGCGCCCCGUAGUUGAUGACGUCACCCGCCUAACGCUUGACGUUAUCCGUAUCCGAUGAGAUGAAGUCAAGUUUCGCGCCGGAAGAUAACGGCUGGGACUAAAAAUUGCGAUUUCAGCAUUGGAGAUCCUCUAAGUCCUACUUAUCACCAAUCAAUUACCUCAAAUGAAAAGUUACCUCGCCAUUAUUGCUCAAAAAGACUGGAAGGAGUCCUGUUGAGGAUUUAGAUUCCUCCUCUUUUGAAAAGUGCAACCGAUUGAAGUUAUAAAGGGCUCUGGGGUGUUUUGCCAGGCAGAAGUGUGGAAAGCAGCCCUCCUUGCCACCUCUGCUACUGCCAUGGUGUGGAAUCUGCUGCUGGGCACAUUUGAUCUGGAGACUUUGCUGAAAAACAACCUGAAUGGUGGGAAGCCAACCAGAGGGGAUGGGGAGCAGCUGGUCGCCCUUGACCAAAUUAAAAAGGCAUCAUUAUUGCUGAUCACAUUCGGAAGACUGAUCCUCCCUUCAUUGCUCCUGACCCUAACUGUGAGGUGGCCUUUACUCCAGAGACUGUUGAGUGUUUUCUACAAGAUCUCCAACACUCACUAAGUGAAUUCUCUGGUGAUGAAGCAUCACCUCUUGAAACCCCAAGAGAUCCUCUUCUGGCUUCCUUAAACUGGAGCAAAAGACAAAGUCUCUUUUCAGAGAGGUGGAGGGCAGAGAGACCCCGCCUGGUAAACACGGCUGCGGAAAGGGAACAUGUGGCAACACACAUCUGCCAACAGUGUGGGAGUAAUCCAGCGGCUGUCCGGUGUUGUGACUGUAGACCACGUCCCUUCUUCUGUGCUGAAUGUGACGUCAGCAUGCACACCAGACAUGUUCUUCACAACAGAGAUGCCAUGACUGCUGGAUUCUUCCAACCAUUGCCUUCAACAUCUUACGUGGUGGAUAAGGCUCUUUCCCAUUGUGUCCGGCUUGUACCUGUGGAGAUGCCUGACAAAAUCUGUGGUUGCUCACCAGAGUCAUUGAGGGUUAGUCCAGGAAAGACUGUUGCUGUGGUCACAAUGAAUGGACGACAUGAUCUAAGCAUGCCCGAGUUAAUUUGUGAGGCAUGCCAAGCCACUUGGACUUCUGGAGUCGCUGACCUAAACAGAAGUGACUACUGGCCUGCAACCCUUCAAUUUGCCACAGUUUAUGCCACAGAUGUCUUUUUUUCAUUUGAAGAAAUGAAGAUGGCGGCACCAGGACUGUCCUGCCAAGCAUUUUUAAGAAUGCUGAAUCAGCGAACUGUCCGCUUUGGUCGUACUGGCAAGAUCUCAGCAGACAGUUUUCUGAAAAGUUGUUUUGAGUGGGAGGCUGUGCGAUUUGAGUUGGACAAUAUGUGCAAGGAAGAACCCUUUAACUGUCCUGCGUGCACCCCUGAAAUGCUUGCAGUUUCAGUUGAUGGAAACCGCAAGCAUUAUCGUUUCAAGAAUGCUGCUAGAUCUGAGGAACAGGCCAUCUUUGAAGACGUCUUCAUUGCCAAGGAUGAAGACGUGAAAAGAUUUGUGGACCACAUUCACAACACAACCAAACAUGUCAGUGGAAGAGGUGUUUGUGGAGGUGAGUGGUCAGCAGCCAGAGAGACCUCACAAAGAUCUUCCAGCAAGGUAGACGAGGAGGGAUUGGAGCUUGCGGUGUGUCGGCACGGUGUCCUGCUCUCUGCCUUAAAUAUGAAUAGGGGGGAAAUUUUUGCCUAUCCCCUGUACCUGCAAGAAAAGCUGGCCAGUAGGCAAAUCACUUUUUUUUUGCAUGGAUGUGACCUGCAAAUAUUGGCCCUACCUCCAAAGAGUUGCGAAAAGCUGUCCAGAGCUCCAGCACCUUCUGAACAUGAAGCCUUUCCUUUCGGUAUUUCAUGCCAAAGCCCAUGAUUUUAAAUGUGAGGUGAAAUGGAGUGGGGCAUAUCAGGAUGGGGCUGGUCUAACACUGGGGGAGGAGGUGGAACAGUGCAAUGCCUUCCUCUCUAGGAUUGCAGUG